AUGAUUAAGCUGAGCAUUAAGAAGGAAACCACUAUGACGAUCUUCCUUCUCUACAAGUUCGAGUUCGCGCUGUUGACGCUGUCCAUCUGCUUGUUCGCGAAGAAGUAUUUGAUCAUUUUGUACGACUUGUACCGCUUUCACGGUCAGUGGGAGGAGAAGAACGUCCUCAUUAUGCUGCUCGAGCUGUUCGGCGAUUUCUGCCGAAUGUUACUGAACAUCUUCUUGUUCGUGUCGAUGGUCAACAGCAUCGGUCUCCCGCUCCACUUGACUCGUCAGUUCGCCGAGUCGAUCAUGCUGUUCAGAAAGAGGCUCAUAGAGUUCGUCCGCUACCGAAAGGCCACCAAGAACAUGAAUCAACGAUUCCCCAACGCCACGCCGGAACAAAUUGCUCAAGUCAACCACAUAUGCGUCAUAUGCAGAGAAACGAUGACUCAGGGAAAAAUUCUCCAAUGCGGACACAUAUUGCACCUCAAAUGCCUAAGGGAGUGGUUGGAACAUCAACAAAGCUGUCCGACCUGUCGACUUCCGGUGUUGGAAACCAACCAAGAAACAAGAAACGAUUCCUCCAAUGUGGCGACUCGCUCACCUCCUUCAUCCCCCCUGGAUACGCCCCCACCCUCUGAACAGAGUCUGUUCUUCCCCGCUUCUGUGUCUAACCCGCCGAUGCCCGCAAUCCCCGUCCAAGAAGGCCCCGCAGACCGACAAGACGCCGCAAUUCAAGAUCCCUCAGGAUCUCGACCCUUCUCACUCUCCUGGGACUCCAACCUAACUCAGCAGGGUCAGCCCAUUCAAUACGCGUCCGUUCCCUUCGUCCAAGUCCCCUUCUCCUCUCAGCUGCCUCAGCUGCCUCAGGGCGCCGUGUUUCUGUCCGGCGUCCAGUCCUCGACGGAAGCCUCCAGCAGAAUAGAGCACAUGUUGUCCUCUAUCGAGCGGAGAAUCGACAGCCUUCAGCAACAAGUCCAAGAAAUCAGGCAAAUUGUCUCUCAACGCACCUGA